CUACCUAUCUACCUACCUACCUAGUACUAAGCCAGCAGGCAGGUAAGUCAGUUAAUUGAGCCGGCGGAGUCUCGUCGUACAACGCAGCACGUACAUUUCCACUGCAUGUCAGAAUCCUUGUCUGCAGUGGACUUGACUUGUGCUGUCCACUUUUUCCCUGUCUGGUUCUCGAUUUCUUUUUCUUUUUUCGGCUGGCCGCAGUCUCCGCUGUAUCCUGGAUUUAAUUCCAGAUCCUAUCCUGGCAGUCCGAUCGGGGGGGUUUUUUUUAGGAUCGCAGUCGGUGGGCUCUGUGUGAUUAGUUGGUAGGUGGGUUGGCUGAUCUUAGUGGGUUGUUACUUGUUAGUUACCGGUGGAAUGAUUUCGUGGGUUCCUUUGAAUCGUCGAUUUU